AUGGACAGGACCUUGUGUAACUCGCCCACUGCCGCCCCUAAGGAGGAUCUCUGUCGGCCGAAACAGAACUACGCUCAAGCUGCGGGAGGCGGAAACAAUCCCUGCGAGAUGCAACGCCAACAGAGGCCUCAAUAUAUGCCCCAACAGCAGCAACAGAUGGGCUGUUACAAUUCCAGGCAAUAUGCAUCCUCCCCCUAUGGUGGUGGUGGCGGUGGUCCCUGCGGUCCAGAUUAUGGAAGACAGCAAGCUUCUGCUGGUGCUGGAGGCUACUGCUAUGGUGGACAGACGAACCCAGGCAACUUCUGUUCACCACGACCGCAACAGUCACCAGGAAACUUUUAUGGUGGAAACAUGUACGGCAACCCGUGUCAACCACCUCCGCAACAGGUUGGAGGCGCAUGCGCCCCGCCCUGUCCUCCACCUCCAAGCACCGCAGUUACCUGUCCUCCUGAUUACUGUGAGCCGAGGGACCCAACAAACACUGGUCCUAUGGCUCUUGUCAAUUUAACUCAAAACACAGCUGGUCUGGGAUUCCAAUCGUGUCAAAAGGGACCGAAGGGCGGUGUAGACAACAGCCCUUGUUGGGGAAUGGGCUCUGGAGGUCAAGGGAUGAAACAGAAACCCGUAGCGGAACUCGAUUUAUCUGGUAACGUGGAUGAAAAGGCAAGACAGAAGGCUGAAUUGAGAAUCAAGAUGCUGAUUCGCGAUGUUCUCGGUCCGGAGAUCCAAAGGAAGGAGAAGGAGAUUGAGGAUAACGAAAAGGCUAAUGAACAACUUUUUGCAAACUACCGCGCAGCGAAUGCUUUCAAAGACGGCUGUCUGAACUCCUCGGUGUUUCAGCGCAAACCCAUUAGAAACUACGAGGUUUGCGAAGAGGAGAUGAUUAAGCGACUAAAGGGCAUAAAUUCGUGUGGAAAGGAGGCUGCACCCUGUCCGAACUUUAAGGAGAAGAAGCAAACCCUACUGGAUUCAAUCUCUGAGAGUUAUCAAUACCUUGAUUCGUACAAGAGAGCUCUGGAGAGGAGUAAUGCUGCCUUAGCGCCUGGUUGUCAACAACAAAAUGCAUCCUUCCUCCAGACUACUCAAAAUUGGAUCGACAAUGGUUUAUUUUCGCAUGAAGAAUUAGUCUGCCUUGUUGCGAAGGCCCAAGCGGCAAUGAAUCGCUGUAAACAAUAG